AUGGAAGAAGAAGAUCCGACACCAACCUACUCAUCAACGAAGAGGAAACCAGUCUUCAGGCGUGAUAGACAUCUGCAAUCCGCUCUUCAUAAUGGAGAGAUAACUUAUAUGUUUGAAAACUGGCAAAAUACAUCUGGUUUGAAGAAAGAACACAUUCUUUUAAAGAGGGACACAAAAGGAGUCUGCUAUCUUCCCUCUGAUCAAUUUAUCCACUGGGCAUUAUUGCAUGUGAGUAAGAAGCCCGAGGACAUGCGAUUAGCACGAGAACUGUCCAAACAUAUAAAAGUUGCCAAUGAUGCUACAAACUUGGGUUGUACAGAUUUCUGUGGAGUAUCUGUACCUAGUCUUCCAUCAAGUGGCCCUGAGCUGUUAAGACAGGUCUAUGUCAUGAAAGUGACAUUGGGACGAAUAACGGAGAAAAUAACAUUUAGUGAGCAACAUGUAAAAUCAUACAAUUUCUUCGGAUGUAAAGCUAAGUGCUACGGAAACCUUCAUGUUAUAUGGCCGUCUGACCAGUUUGCUUAUAUAAUUACUCAUAGACACUUCUUAGCUGUAAGAGACUGUAUAAAUGCUUGGUUCUCUGCUCUUGCUUACUCUUAUGCAUGCUGUAGAAAAUCUGCUGGUUAUAAUUUGUAUACAGAGGUUGCCAAUGUCAUUUACUCUGUGCUCCACGAUAUAAGUAUGUAUAAAGACAAAGCUUAUGAUAUAUUGAAGUGUUGGCAACCUCUAGUAAUAGCUACAAUACUUAAAGAUAUCGAGGGAGACCCUCAUUUUUACAACUCACUCAAGGACAUAAUAAUACAAUAUCCUCAUUCUCUUUUAUUAAAGAUAGCCACACGUAAGAUCUCUAACACAAUAGAUGUUCAUUUAGCUUUUGAAUUAACAGGGUUAACCAAAUGUUUCGGGCAUCCGGAGGUUGUAAUGGGAGCAAGUAUUGCAACAUGGGUCGAGAAAGGGACUGUUCUUAAGCCCGGACUGGGAGUAAUAGCAGAAGAAAUUCGUAGAGCCUUCGUUCUUGAGUUCUCACGCAAUUUCUAUAAACAGAAGAGGAAGUGGCCAAACCUGAAACUAGGACCCAAUGCUGACCCUCUUGUAAAACAAUGUUGUGAAGGCGGUUACUGGGGUGAGGAUCCUGGGGAACCCUGGUCCACAGCUAUGUUCUCGGACAUACAAUUUGACGAAACCAUGGAAUUUGACUAUCAAAUAUAUACAGCUGAUUUGUUAGCCGAUAAAUCAAUUAUACCUAGCCUUGAGCACUGGCCUUAUGAAUAUGAUGGUCAAGCGCACAGAACAAACCAUGGAUUCUUUCCUACUGUACCUCCCAGGGAAAGCAACAAUGUAAUAAUGCAGUACAUUGGAAGGGAAGAGGUAAAUGUGAAAAAUAUCAUACAAACUGUUUCAGAGAAGAAGAUCCCUAAGUCCUGGAAGGUGACAGUAGGAGUUGCCAAGGAAAGAGAGAUGAAAAAGACUAAGGCUAGGUUCUUCGGAAAAUUGACACUAGAGAUGCGCCUAUUUCAGGUUGCAACAGAAAAUAACAUAAAGAAUGUCUUCAAGUUUAUUCCACACCAAACCAUGACCAAGUCAGAAGAUGACUUAUUCAAACAUUUAUUGAGGAUAUCUGAGUCCUCCUCCCAGGACGAGGGUGGGCAUGUGUUCAUGGCAAUGGAUUUCUCUAGUUGGUGUACUAGUUUCAGGUUUGAAGGUGUUACACCAUUGUUUGAGGAACUGGAUCGUCUCUUAGGUGUUACAGAUGUCAUGGCAUACACACAAAUAUUUCCUCUAGAAUCCACUCUCUUAUUCCAAGACAGGUUCCAUCCACCUAAACAAGGACCUGAUGGCUAUCCCCUAAAUGGGCCUAGAGCUACUCUAGAGGGAAUGAGGAUGACAAGACAUAGUUACAUCAAGUGGUUCCAAGAGACUUUACUAGACUUAUGCACCCAAGCCGGAAUAACUCUUAAAUUGGAGGAAACAUGGGUAUCUUCAUCCUUGCUAGAGUGUGGUAGAGAGUUCUUUUUCAAAGGGGCACAAGUGAGCUCCUCUUUGAAAAGAAUAUCAAGGAUAUCUAGCGAGGCCAAUCAAACGAUACCCUCGUUUAAUAGUGAUAUAGCGGGGAUAUAUUCAACAGGCAUGUCAUCUGCUCAAAAGGACCAUACUCCUAUACCAUCCUUCUGGGCCACUGUUUUGGAAGCAUCUAUAGCAGCACAUGAAAGAUUUCCUGAGUUAUCAAGAUACCCACCUGAGUACAUAUCAUGCCUAUUAUCAGUUCCUAGAACAUUGGGUGGAUGGCCUAUCACACUUUUUGCUAACUUUGCCACACGGUCUAUUCAAGACCCCCUUACAACAGCAUUACAUUUGGUUAGGACAUUCCUCUCAUCACCUAGACACAGGCAACACAUGGUUAGAAUAGCCAGUACCCGGAUGAAGACAACGGACCCCACAAUGCUUAUAAAGGACCCGCAGUCUCUUCCCUUGGUCCUGCCUAGGCAACCAGAAAAUUACCUUAAAUCCAAGAUAGCAGAAGGACUCCCAUCCAUCAUAAAGAAUAAAGAAUUGACACCUCUAUUUUCUCCUCAAAUGGAAGAGAACAAGCAGAGGCUUAUAGGGGACCUCAUGACUAUAAGACCAUGUAAUCCUAAGCUGAUGUCUAAGCUUAUGACCCUAUCUAAUGUGGGGAAACAGGAGGCUCUUGUUAACAAGUUCUCAAGUACAAGAUCUAUACAAAAUGUGGCCUGCAGAGAAUGA